AGAUUAUUUUAUAAAGUUUGGAAUAAUAUAGUUUUAAGAAAUGAAAUUCAUAAACAUAUUUUAUUGUUUAUUUUAUAUAGUGUUGGAAAUGUUGAUAAUAUAUUCCAAUUUUACCAUUUUAAAGGGAGAUCAUAUUUAACAUCACUUAAGUGGAGUAUUGAUCUACCACCAAAUAAAAAUGAAUUUCCACCAUUUUUGACAUGUCUUCAUUUGAACAAUUUUUCUAAAAUAUUACCAUCUCCAACAACUUUACCAAAUACAAUUACUACACUCGAACUCGGUUAUAAUUUUAACCAAUUAGUUCCACCUGGCUCAUUACCAAAUAGUCUCACAACACUCACAUUCGGUUAUAGUUUUAACCAAGUGGUUCCACUUGACUCAUUACCAAAUAGUCUCACAACACUCACAUUUGGUUAUAUGUUUAACAAAGAAAUUCAACCCAGUUCAUUACCAAAUAGUAUUACAACACUCACAUUCGGAGAAACGUUUAACAAAGUAGUUACACCAGGCUCAUUACCAAAUAAUCUCACAACACUCACAUUUGGUUAUAAUUUUAACAAAGUAAUUCUACCCGGCACAUUACCAAAUAGUCUCACAACACUCACAUUUGGUUUUGAUUUUAACCAAGUAAUUCAACCUAGUUCAUUACCAAAUAAUCUCACAACACUCACAUUCGGUAAUAAUUUUGACAAGGAAAUUCUACCCGGCACAUUACCAAAUAGUCUCACAACACUCAUAUUUGGUUUUGAUUUUAACCAAGUAAUUCAACCUGGUUCAUUACCAAAUAGUCUCACAACACUCACAUUAGGUUAUAUAUUAAACCAAGUAUUUCAACCCGGCUCAUUACCAAAUAAUCUCACAACACUCACAUUUUGGUCUAGAUUUAAACAAGUAUUUCCACUAAGCUCAUUACCAAGUUGUCUCUUGGCACUCACAAUCGAUUAUGAUUUUAACCAAGUAAUUCUACCCGACACAUUACCAAAUAAUCUCACAACACUCACAUUUGGUUUUGAUUUUAACAAAGUAAUUCCACCAGGCUCAUUACCAAAUGGUCUCACAACACUCACAUUCGGUUAUAGUUUUAACCAAGUGGUUCUACCCGGCACAUUACCAAAUAGUCUCACAACACUCACAUUUGGUUGUAAUUUUAACAAAGUAGUUCAACCCGGAUCAUUGCCAAAUAGUCUCACAACACUCACAUUUGGUCGUGAUUUUAACCAAGUAGUUACACCAGGCUCAUUACCAAAUAAUCUCAUAACACUCACAUUUGGCCGUGAUUUUGACCAAGAAAUUACACCAGGCUUAUUACCAAAUAAUCUCAUAACACUCACAUUAGGCCUUAGAUUUCACAAAGUAUUUCCACCAAGUUCAUUAUAUAAUGAUAUCAAUAAAACUUUACCAUAUAUUUGUUUUCCUCUAUCACUUGAAACUUUAAACAUUAACAACAAUUUAGUUAAUAUUAGGCUACUAAGAAUCAGGUUUAUUCAAAUUCAGCGACAGCAACAAAACCAAACAACUACAAAAACUAAUAAAAUAAAAUAA